AACACACCUCUUGCGAACGGGUCAGAUGUCACAUAUAGCAGCCGUCCUAAGUAAAGUGUAGGAAGACGAAAUAUUGUUAUAUGAAGCACUAUGAAGUUGAUUCACUGCGAGACUAGCAUGUAAACAAAUAUGGCAGAAGACGAUGCCAUCUUGACUGAGGAGAAGAAACCUAGAGUGAAGAAGAAAGUUAAGAAAAACAUACCUGCAACAGAUUCUUCUGAAGAUAUUACAUUACAGACAAGAGCACGGUUUGAAAAGCUACUGCAAGAAAACUUAGAUACACCACCAAGAGACAUCAAGAGGAAGAAGAAAAAGCAGAAGCUGUCUGUCUUCGAAGAAUCUCAAGAACAGUCUCUGGCUGAGACUAACUUCACAUCAAGCCCUCCAGUUUCCCGUAAAAUUCAGAGAGGACAAGAUGAUUUGGGCUCAGGCGCCACAAGGGAAUCUCCAAGGAAAUCCAAGCAGAGGAACAUUCCACUGGAGUCAGAACUGGCACUGGACGAUGACAGACAAUCUGCUGUUGUGGCUGCCAAAGGAAAGAAGAAAGUUGCCAAAAAGACCAAACCUGUGAAAUUAAGCGCUGGUGGUAUAACGGGCUCUAAAGACAUCUCUACUAAGGUAAAGGGUUUUGGUGAUGAUGGCAAUGAUGCUGUUAAUACUGACGAAGAUCGACUUCAAAAAGAUGCUAAGGUAGACGACCACAAUGAUGGUGAUAAGGAUGGUGACCAGCGUCCUAAAAAAAACAUUUUGAAAGAAGCACUUUCACCAAAGAAGGGAAAAAAGAAAAAAGCAAAACUCGCGACUUCCAAGGCUAAAACUGAGGAGGGAGAAGCCACAGGAGAACCUGUGUCAGCCAUCAAGGACGAAGGCAGUGUCCUGGCAGUGGUGAUCCAUCGGACAGACAAACUAAAGAAUGAUUUCAGUAUUAUCCAUCCCCUGGUCCGUGUUCAUGUGGUCAAUGAAAAUACUGGCCAGUAUCUUCUCAAACAGUCCAGGUAUUCUCCCACAACAAAUUGUUUUUCUCAUUCUAUUCUGCUUUCUGGUGUUAGAUUAUCCACUCUGCCUGUUUGGGAAGAAUUAUUAUUGUUCAAUGAAAAUUACAAUUACUUUGUCCAGUCAGAUCCGAAAGUGAUUCUGUUCUUUGAGAUUGUUGAUUUUGUCUCCAUGAAUUCAACCAGUUAUCGGUAUCAGAGGCAGCCCCCACAUGAAGGAGGAUGGUAUAAGAUUGCUUGGGCUUUCCUAAAGGUAAUCGGUGCCAACCAAAAGGCCAACACGGACACCAAAGUCCGUCUACAGUUGUUCCAACCAUGCCAGUCCAGUGUGUCACAAGUCACAACUCACACACCAGAGGUGUACAUCUGGUGGAAGAAUGAACAGCGUGUUAAAUAUCCGUCCACUCUCUAUGUGACCAUCAAGAAGACCUCACUGCCAAGCAAUGUGGAACCCUCUCUUCGAUCUAUGUUUGCUACACAAGAGGAAAAAGGUAUUUCAACUCCUGGACUCAACCGUGACAGGCUUGAAGCAAUCAUUGAGACUAAAAAGAGCAAAGUAGACCUGCCCCUGUGGUCCCGUUUGGAUGGACAGACAUGUCGGGUACCAAAUACACUUCUCAGGACCUUGAAGUCUGGAUGGAAUGGAUGUUAUACAAUCAAAUUCUCUCAUGAUGGAAGAAAAAUUGCCUGUGGAUGCCAUGAUUUAGAUGAAUACCCAAUACUUGUGUACGAGGUCACUACUGGUCAGCUGGUUAACCGUUUCCUUGGACACUUUGGACUCAUCUAUGCUGUCUGCUGGUCAAAUUCUGACAAGUUUCUAUGUUCGGCCUCAGCUGAUGGAACAGCCAGGGUCUGGGUUAAUGAGAGAUCUGACAGUAACGAGGUGGCGAAACUGCUGCCCCACCCAGCAUACGUCUAUUGUUGCAGCUUCCACGUGAUGAAUGGCAACUUAGUUGUGACGGGAGGCUAUGAUGAGAUUAUUCGAAUUUGGGACAUCAAAGGAGACUCAAAAUAUGGAGAGCUGCAACAAGAGAUCGAAUCUCACAAGGGGUACAUCAAUGCCAUCUGCUUCGACGAACUUGGUGAGAAAAUGUACUCUGGCGAUAGCGUCGGCAUUCUUCUUGUAUGGAAUUGCUAUGUCAAUGACUCACAGAACGAAAAAGCAUUCCAAAAAGACUGGACCUUGUUCCAAGACAUCUCCAUCCCUGACUUCCACGGUAUACCAAUAAACUCCUUGACGUUACAUUGCAGUGGACGGAGAUUGCUCGUUCAUUACCGUGACAGUGUGUUACGCAUGAUUAACCUGAGGAUACUCCGUGUAAUGCAGAAGUACAUCGGAGCACUGAACUUCCGGAAACAUCUCCAAAGCACACUGACUCCCUGUGGGAGCUACGUGUUGUCUGGGAGUGAGGACAACUAUGUUUACGUCUGGAAUACUGAGACAGGUGAUCAUGUUUAUAAAUAUACAUCAAUGAAUUACAAACAACCUGUCACUGGGAUUGACUACCAUCCGAAGGACCAUAUCGUGGCAUUCUGCAGUCCUGGUAGAAACCAGCUUGUGUAUCUCUAUAAGUACAUACCAACUGAAGUUACGAAACCUGAAGUCGUGGCACCUACUGCGAAGACACUCGUUACUUCCACCCCUCCAACUCCUACCACUCUCACCAGCAGAAAUAUAGCAAUGACUGAUAGGUUUGAAGAAAAAGAUGGCUACCGCUUGGAAGACAGAAUCCGCUACGAAAGGAUCUUGAAGAAAUUGAACUCUGUCUCUGCAUUGACACCCUCACUCUUCUCUCCACACAUCCCAAAAAUGCUGAACACAUCAAAAUUGAAGGAAUCUUCUCUGACUGUACAUCCGUACCCUUCCUUGAACGACACUGACAGAGACCUAAACAAGCUCUCAAUGAGUGUGGAACCAAGUACUAGUUGUGUUCAAGAUGCCAGCCUGCUCCUUAACAGUAAAUUGGCCCUUCCUCAAGCAACUACUUCACUGGAAGGAAAAGAAGAAGAGGAGAGAAAGGACACACCAAUAACAACAGCAACAACAGUAAAAACAUGGACAACAGCAGUACAACAACAACAACAGCAGCAACGACACCAGCAACCGCAGCAGCAACAGCAACAACAACAACUGCAGCAGCAGCAGCCCACGAAUACCUGUCAGCAGUUUCUAAUGUGA